CGGCCAACCUGCUGCCUGAGCUCCGAGCGGCGCAGGGGGUAACGGAGGCAGCGGUCCGCGCAUGCGUACUAGGACAGCUACUGCAAUGAAUCAAAGAUCGUCUAAUGACAAGAUGCCUCACUCAGUGAGAGAAGAAGAUUAGAGAAGAUUUGGUUGGAUGGAAACAGAUGGCAGGUGAACCCCUGAAAGAGAAAAAAACAGAAGAAGAGCAAUAAGGUUUUAAAUGGUUCGGGAGCCUCACCAGCCUCGCCUCCCGCCGCCCGUCAGCAAAGAGCAACAACAAAGCAGCCUCUCAGUUUAACGGGGGUCUCUGCGGAGACAAACAAGCAGUCGUGGCUGAGGAGGAGACCAAGUCGGUUGACGACAUGGAGUCCGGUCUCCGCAGCCCCAGCUACGCCCGCUCCAGCGACAUGUACACCCAUGUGGGCACUGUGCCCCGCAACGAGAAGCAGAAGAAGAGCUUUAAGGGUCUGAAGGCAGCGGAGAGCACAGAGGGCCUGAGUUUGAAGGCAGGGGAACAUGUUCGGGACUCCCCUCUGCUCGGUGCUUUGUCCACCCUCAGCUUGACGAGCACAGAGCAGCCUCAGCCGCUUUUGGCUCAGCCGCUGACCGCCGCACCCAGCCGGACCUCACCUUUGACCUCAGCACCUGCUGGCUGCUUUGGAGACUUGUCAGAUGCCCGUGUUGCACAGCGGGACACAACAACUGGCAAGCCUGCAAGGGAGCAUUUACACAUGGUUUCAAAGCAGGAUGUUUACGUGCCAAUGGACCCGAUUUCUGAAAGAGCUCGCAGCCACAUCGAGCCACAAGCUGAGAAGCAGGAAACCACAGAGGCCCCGCAGGAAAUGGAGACUGACGGCAGGUUUAUAAAGGCGACAGACUGCAGUGGAGAAUAUGUGAAAUUCUCCAAGGAGAAGUUCUGGUUGGAGCCGCCUUCCGAAAAACUGAGGAAACUGCUGGAAGAGGAGCUGAGGCUGAGCGGCACCAACCUUAAGAGCCAUGCCUGGUACCAUGGGCCGAUACCCUGGGAGGUGUCGGAGAGUUUGGUGGUGAACGCAGGUGAUUUCCUGCUCAGAGACUCUCGGUCCAGUCAGGGCGGCUUCGUCCUCACCUGCCGCUGGGAGCAGAAAGCCCUUCACUUCCCCAUCAGGAAGAUGGUGCUUGAGUCCGGUGAGAUGCACAGCUGGGUCCAGUACUGCCUGGAAGGAGAGGCCUUUGACUCUGUCCCAGCGCUCGUUCAUUACUACGUAGGCAGCCAGGUGGCUCUGACGCUGUGGAGCAGAGCUCAGAUCAAAAAGCCGGUGAACAGGACGCUGCCGCUCAGUUUCCUGGAAACGGCCUUCAGCGCACCACCCAGCCAGAGACAGCUAAAGGAGGACGGCAUGAGAGACAAGAGGGUCUGUCCGAGCAGUCCGUCCUCACUGCAACACAAAAUCAGUGGAGCUGAUGGGAAACAAGACAGCCGGAUGCUGAGUCCUGCCAGAGAUUCUCCCCACAGUCAUACCUCACAAUCCAGGAGCCCUUGUUGCAUUCGGGCAGCCAGUGUCACACCAUCUACGUCAUCAUCAAACUCGUCAGACGCCCCCCGAUCCUGUCCUUCUUCCAGCAGCACCUUGCUCAGACAGUGCCUGAACAGACCCAACCCUUCCCUGCAGCAGGACUCUGCGUCCCUAAACAAAGAUGGCUGCACAGAGCCGUACCCUCAGAGCUACGUGGAGAGGCUGCAGGCCGAGGAAGGAUCAUUCAGUGCUGUAACGUCCGGUUUGGCGGACGAGAAUGUGCACUUCUCACCAGUUGUGGAGACGGUCUCCUGUUUUAAACCCAGCAUGUACCACUCGCCACUGAUGCCAAAAGACAAUAAGCCACUGGAAGUGGGCAUCCUGCGGAGGGUGAAGGAGCUGAUGGCUGAGGUCGACCCCAGGAUGGCGGCCAAACACAUCACCAAGACUGACUGCAUGGUGGCGAGGAUUUUGGAGGUGACACCGGAGAUGAGAAGAAAGAUGGGAGUGAGUUCUGGGAUGGAGCUGCUAACGCUGCCGCAUGGACAGCAGUUGAGACUGGACCUGCUGGAGAGGUUUCAGACCAUGGCCACCAUGUUGGCUGUAAAUGUGUUGGGCUGCACAGGAACGACGGAGGAGAGGGCCGCCCUGCUGCAUAAAAUCAUCCAGAUCGCAGCUGAACUGAAGACCACCACGGGGAACAUGUUUGGUUUUGCAGCAGUCAUGAGAGCGUUGGAGCUACCGCAGGUGUCUCGACUGGAGCAGACUUGGACAGCGUUACGGCAGCGACACACAGAGGGUGCCAUUUUGUACGAGAAAACCCUGCGGCCGUUUCUGAAGAGCUUGAAUGAUGGACAAGAAAGCUGUCCGCUGUCCAGUACUACCUUCCCUCAUGUCCUCCCCCUCCUCACCCUGCUGGAGAAGAGCUCUGCGGUGGGUGAGGGGACGGAGCCGUGGGAGACGGCAGAGGUUGGGGUGGAGGUUGUCAUGCUCCACCUGGCAGCGGCGAGAACCAUCGCUCAGCUGGGGGGAAUCUAUUGCUCCAACGCUGAGGGACGAUUACAGGGUUUCCAGGAGGAGGGCGAGGUCCGGGAGAUCUUCCUCACCGACUUCCAGAUGAGGCUGCUGUGGGGGAGUCGGGGAGCUGAGGAGAACCAGGUUCUCAGACACUCCAAGUUCGACCAGGUGCUGAGCGCCCUGUCCAACAGGCUGGAACCGCCGACCGCAGGGCGCUGAUCCCAGACCUGCAUUUACAGACCCAGCUUUUAAUGUUCUGUCUGUGACUGACAUCACUUCACCUUAAAUGUAAGGGAUCCUAAUUUUAAAAUGGAAACAUUUAUUUUUAUCUGAGCCUGGCUGACAUAAAUCUGAAGGAAUCUUCUCCCAAACUGUCUGAAUAAGCAGCAUUGUAAAAAAAAUCCAUAACUUAAUUAACUUUUCUUAAAGGUUCAAAUUACAAAUGAUUUUUUUCUUGACAACAUGCUUUAAUGAAAAGGAACAUGAAAUGUUGGGGUGCUUUGUUUGUUUUCUAACAAAUAUUUGGGUUUUAACUCUAAAAUCUUAGAAAUACGCAACUGUCACACUGUAAAGAGUAGUUUGCAUCCUUUUAUCCUUUCUAAGCU